GUCCUCCUUGUUGUGGAAUUGUAAAGCUUUUGGGAGCCGGAAAAAGAGGGAACGAAAUGGGAAUAGGGAAAGAGCAGCAAGCGUGACAAACUAUAGUAAUAGUCAUAAAUAAGAUAUAAGAUUCUAUACCAAAGCGAUAAGACCGUUAUCGGAUAGAAGAAAUGAAUAAUAAGAUGUUGCGCGCCAUAGCGUAUCACCUUUACCUUGUGAAAUACAACUUGUACAUACGUACUUCGAAAUCUCGAAGUUUCAGGCUGGCCACUUCGAAGAUUAUUCAGCAGCUCUGGCUGCUCGUCAUCCUUCACGAUGGAUUACGCGAAACAUCGUGUAUCUCUGUCGCCGGUGCAACGUGCAAUUUUGGCGGCCGGUGCAGCCGCGAUCUCAUUCGUUGAUCCUUUUCGCGGCGACAUGAUUGCAUGCUUGGCAGAAACGACCGGUACCGACGCUCUUUCCUACUGUCAUCGAAAAAUGCUCGCAACCUCCGAGGGAUCUCGCAUUCUUGCCAGGAAACCACGUAUAUCCUCGUCUACGAUUGAUUUUUCCGCGCUAAGACGAUUACCACAAGGAACCCUUGGCAGGAUCUAUUGCGAUUUUUUGGACGUUAACAACGUGUCCCCCGAUACUAGACCUGCGGUCAGAUUCGUUGAAGAUACUGAAUUAGCAUAUGUAAUGCAACGAUAUCGAGAAACACACGAUAUUUAUCAUGCUCUGCUUCUAAUGCCAACCACGAUGCUUGGAGAAGUGACGGUCAAGUGGGUAGAAGCGUUACAAUUACGAUUACCAAUGUGUUUCAGCGGAGCGAUAUUUGGAGCGUUUCGGUUGCGUCCAAGGCAAAGGAAAUUAUAUCUCGAGCAUCAUUUGCCUUGGGCCAUUAACACAGGAAUUGGUACAAAAUUUCUCUUGGGAAUCUAUUUCGAAGAACGUUGGGAGCAACCCCUUGCCGAGUUUCAUCGAGAAACAAACAUCAUCCCUUUGGUGCCGAUAGAAACCAUUAGCAAUGAAGUCUGAAAUUGCUCAUACGCUUUUCCCUCUAACUGUUUUAGUAUUGUCUUACAUAUAUUAGAACACCAACAAUAGACACAGCUUAUUAGAUAGUGUAUAACAAUUUUUAUUUACCGUAACGUUGGAAAUAUGAAGAAUAUAAUUUUUAAUGGGAUACGUAUGAUUUGUAUUACAAAUGUCGAUCAAUGUAAUCGCACAUUUAAAAAAAUUUAUGCUUCUAUAGAAACGUACGCGUAGAUAUCAACGCUCGAUACGAUGAGAGUACGAUCGAUUCACCCGUGAGGAUACAAUCUGAUUGGUAAUGCUUGGGUGUAAUAUCCUAAAAUAUUCGCAAACGACCAAACGUCGGCUCGGCAACUACGUUUACCCUGAGAGGAAGAACAAAAAUGAAAAUAAAUGGGAUCCGUAGCGAAGUUACGAUAGCAGAAACAUAUACUCGAGGGACACAAGACGAGGAAACGUAGCUAUGACUAUAACGUAGAGAUGAGAUGAAGAGGAAAUAAGAAACAGUCGCUUACCAGUAACACUGCUUCCCAUGCCAUCCAACGAAGAGGAACUUUUACAUUAUGCCCGUCAAUGAAAUAAUGAUGAUCAUAUUUGGUACAAUAUAUGGCAUGAUCCGACACCUUUAUUGUCAGAUCCUGACCAACAAUGCAAUUCCUAAAAUAUUACACAACGUAUAUAUCGAGGAUCGAUUAAGUCGAUUUAUUUUUUUACGGAUUCUGUCAUUCUUUUCUCGAUUUACUUACCUGGCUGCUAAAUCACAAUGUGCAAUGUUCAUGGAUUCCAAAUACUUCAUGCCAGAUGCAAUUUGGGUAAUAAAGCUUAAAUGGUUGUCAUAGCUGCGAAUAGAAUAUAAUAGAAUAGAAAGAAAAUUGAAAAGACAAAUACACCAUUGAUAUAUAA